UGCUCGGUCUCUAUUCUGAUGUCUUGAGUUGGAUGUAUGAGUUGACUGUUUUGAGUAAGUGGUUGAGUCAAGUCUAGGUUGGUUGGUGAACAGAAGGGAGACUCUUCCUUUACUCGAUUUUGCUGCACUCGAAUGUCCUUUGUGGUGGUUGUCCAGGUUGCUGUUGAGGUUGUUCAUGUAUUGAUGUUUGAAAACCAGUACGAUUCACGUGUUCUGUGCCUUUAUGACUUGUCCCCAAUGUUGGUUGAUUGAAAUAUGUGAGCUUACCUUGUAUCUGACUUGGUUUGCUUGGGGACAAGCAAACGGUUAAGUGUGGGGGAGUUUGAUAGACCGUUAAUUACACAUGUUUUUACCCCUGUUCUUACACCGUUUGAGGUGUUGAUUCUCGUGUUUUAGGCCGAUUUCACGCUAGGUUGUGCUUGUUUGUGAUAUUUCAGGUUCUAGUACGUGAAUGGAGGCUUGGGAGCGAGUUUGGGGUCGAUUGGACGAAGAUCGGACGCGUGGCGAGGUGCUAAGGAAGCCGCACGGGCAUUCCUGGACAUCAUACGGCCGUGCAACUCACAUUUGUGGCCGUGUGAUUUUCGCCGAGAGCAAACACGGGCAGGAUGGAAAUCCCACAUGGCCGUGCGACCCUGGCCAUGUGGGAAGCCUGAAUUUCGACUUAAUGAUACGCCGCGUUUUGACUCACACGGGCAACUGGGUGAGCCACACGACCGUGUGGCCUGCCCGUGUGAGUCGGGAAAUCUUGGUUUUUCAGCCAAUUUCGAGCCACAAGUGAGAGAUCGGACUUUUUGAGCAAAAACAGAGCCACAAGUGAGAGAUCGGACUUUUUGAGCAAAAACAGAGCCCUAGAGAGAGAAAGGACGAAGAACACAUCCUAGAAGCUAUCUUGGAGCUGGGUUUCAUCAAAUCGAGCUUGGAGAUCGUCACAGGAGUGGAAAUCAUCAUCCCAGAGCAGAUUCUUCCCAUUGUAAUGAGUAUGACUGCUUUGUACCUUGUUUUCCUCUCUCUCUCUAUGGAGUAGAACCUCUCUCUCACUUGGGGAUGAAGAACCCUAGUUCUAAGUGUUAGGGAUUGAUUGUAAUGACUUGGGAUGAUAUUAUUGUUUGAUUUUAAUCGAAUGAUGCAUGUUUAUUGAGUCAAUUGAAGACUGAUCAACUUUUCCUGAUUCCUGCUGCAAUCUGAGAUAGAUAGAAUCUGAGUAGGUUGCUAGAGUCUCAUCAUUUGGUAGUAGGAGAUUGGCUAUACGAGAGUUAGCCAGUUUACUGCUUUGUACUGGAAUCCAAUUCCAGUAGUGGAGUUCUGUUCUUACUGCUUCAGCUUUCUAUCAUGGUGAAGACUAGUCGUCUGCCGGGUAGUUAGACUGAGAGGGCUUGGUCAGCUUAAGAGAUUCCAAGCUACUGUCGGAUCUUCCGCAGUCUAAUCAACAGUAAAUCAAUCCAGGGAAAUACAAUUGAAACCUAACUAAGGAGCUAGGUGGACUCAUUCCCGAGUGACUCUUACCUGCUUAAGUGUGGGGGGUGCUUUGUAUCGGUUGGAAUAUAUACUUGUGUGCUUGGAGCCUAGUCCGCUGUCCGAAUCUUACGAUUUGAGGGCUCCAAGUACUGCUGUUUGAUCAUAUUGGCACUGUGUUUUGAUUAAUGAAUUGAAUGGUUUUCGGAUUGAUGCAUGAUAGCUUGAUCAUGACUAGGACAACCUAUGAUGAGGACUGAGACGUGCAGUAGAAUUGUGUAGGGGUUCAGUUCUUUCAACUGUUUGCUUACCAACUGUGACUUGAUUUAAUCACUUGUUCUUGACAGUCGUUUAUGCAUCUAGUUCAGGGUAUCAGAAUGUGAGAUAGAGCAUAUAGGUAGCCAUGUGAGAUUUGAGCCUGCUCGUUUCUUUCUUGUGCGAUAGAUCCCUCUUCCAUGAUGUGUAGCAUUCACGUUGUCACUAGCUAAGAUGAUGGGGGCAUAGGAUUAGCCCACGACCAAAUUUGACUGUCCUGAUGUGUCAUGUCCCCUAGUCAGCCUCUUCGAGCCGUGUGUUAUCCUUUCUUUUGGUCUAUAAUGAAAAAUCACCCUUUUUGCAUCUUUUAGAAGGUUCCACAGAGUGGUUUUUACAUAUUCUUUGCUGUUUCUGCUAAAUUUGAUGUGAGUGUUGGAGGUAGUGCUUAAAAGUUGGGCAGGUGUUUGAAAUAUGUGCAGAAGUGGUGGCUCUCUUAAGAAAUGAAAAGAAAAUGA